AUGGCCUCACUCUCAACAACCAUUUGUGCCCUUGUGUUGGUAUCCGCAGUUUCAGUCUCAGUCUCAGCCAUCUCUUUACAAGAGAUAUGCACUCAAACCCGAACCCCGCGCUUCUGCUACGCUCUCUUAAACGGUCACGCACUCGACAAUCUCCGACAACUCAAUGAAGCCGUGAUCGUCGCAACCACAGACAGCGCUUCAAAAACAAGCGCCAAAAUCCAAUCCCUUCUCUCCCAAACCACCGAUCCUAAUCUCAAGGUGGUUUACAGCCUUUGCUCGAACUACUACAGCGCCGCCCUGGCUGCGCUCUCCGCGGCCAAGGAGAAGAUCAGAUCGGGUGAUUUCGGGAGCGUCAGAUGCUCUAGUCUUGGAUUAUGUGAGGUAGGUGUUUCUACUCAUUAUCAAGCAUCCAAGGUACUUAUUAAUGCAGAUAUAAUUGAAGUUAAGGAUUUCAGGAAGAGGAUUCAAGGUGAUCAUACUUUUACUCAGCAUGUUUCAUUGGAACAAUCUGCACAAAGGUUGAGUAGUGAGUUUGAUAAUUUGGAUGUAAAGUCUCUUGAAGAUGUAGUUUGUCUAGAGGAUGGGUCUUAUUGGGUGUUUGGUAAGGUUGAAUCAAUUGAAUGUCAUUAUGGAGAAUGGUUCUACUUAGCUUGCAAGACUUGUGUAAAGAAGGUUAGAUGCUUGGAUGACACUAAGUUUCAUUGUGACUUUUGUUUGAAGACUUUCUCUUAUGCACUGAAAAGGUUUAGAUUUGUAGUCAACGUUGUUGAUGACACAGGCAAUGCUUCUCUUCUCUUGUGGGAUAGAGAAGUUGUUCAGCUUUUGGGUAAAAAGGUUACUGAUCUGAUUGGAAGUAAAUUUGAGAGAUCUACCAUGGAUUGUAUUCCUAAGGAAGUUGAAGAUAAAAUUGUUGGGCAAAAGUUGUUAUUCAAAGUUCAAGUCAGGAAUAGGAAGGAAUUUUAUCGUAAUUAUCCUUAUACUGUGAACAAACUUUGUAGUAUUCCUGAAAUAGUUGAGAAGCAUGUUCCUGUCAACAUUGGCUCACAAAUAUUUAAUUAUGAUGUGAAGUUGUCCGAUAUACUGUUUGGAUCAGACAUUGCGGAGGUUACUCAAAAAGGAUAUCUUACACCCGAUCUAUCUGUUGUGACUAAGGAUCAUGGUAGUGAGUGGAUUGUUGAAAGCAGUGUCAAGCGUUGUUUGGAUGCUGAUUUUAAUACUUGCGAUGAUAUUUCUGUUGAUCAAGGCAAGAAUAAGAAUAAGAAUAAGAAGAAAGUGAAAGUGGUGGAUAAUGUUGAUGUGGCUCCGAUCAGUAAUUGAAAGAAGUUUUCUAGUGGUGAAUCUGGUGAUCAGAUUGGGAAUAAUCUUUGGAGUUUCUAUGUUUUGCCUUAUGUUUUACCUUUUGGUUGUUUAGUUGACAUAUCAUUUUAGACUGCUCAUCUUAGUUUUUGCUGUUUUGGUUGAUGGUUUUGUUCCUUCAGUACUUUCUUUCUGAUGAUAAUGUUAAGGCUUUGCAUCUUUGGUUC